AUGCAACCUUUCAAACUCGGCCCUCCUACGCUGGCAUUUGAACUGCGACCUGCGCCCGAUCGAUACUGCCCUGAGGCAUUCAACGCAGUCUACGCAGAGCUAGCGCGGAAGAUGGGACGCUCGUCUGAAUCAUCCAAGCUCAGUCUCCUUACUCGUUCGUGCAGCCGACUCUUUUUCAAUGUCAUCUUCACUUCUCUCGUUACACUUUUCACUCGUUUUCCAACUUGUCUGAUGCAAGAUAUCUUCUCCCUCCUGAUUACAAUUUUAAUUAAAAUGCCUACCCUUAUCGGCCAGUGGAAGUAUCUACUAUCCAACCAUGGUGAUUCCAAUCAACAAAUCGCAGAAUUAGCUCAGCGUUCAUCAAUCUCUGUUCCUAUAGGGUAUAAUAGUAAUUCCACAGCUGAUUUUGUCUCAUGUAAGGACCAGAACUUCUCGAAUCUGCAAGAUAUACUCGAUUUUGCGAAGGCGGAAUCAACUUGGCUCGCGAAAUCGUCAAUGUUGGUUCCCUCAAGCCCGGGUGAGCUUAUGAGGCAAAGGCGAUCUAAGUUCAGCUGUUUCCGUCAUUCCGCGUGUAAUUCCCGCAACAGAAGAAAUUGUAAUCCUGACAUUUUUUACUGUAUUAGGUAA